AAACCAAUAGAUGAUUCCAUGGCAGUUGGCAGUCCUGACAGCAGGCUGUCCCUGAUAGAUACAGAAGUGGGGAAGGGUGGGAGUUAUCUAUCUUCUCUGUUUUAUAGACUACUUCAACUUCUACUGCUGCCAAUGCCUCAGCAACCACUGAAAGUUCAGAUAUCACCCUUCCUGUAACUAAUCAAGUCAAGGAAGAGAUCUAUGAAAUAGUGGUGGUGGUUCCAGCUAGAAAUUUUCACUCACAAUGGUGCAUGUUUCAAAUAGAAGUAUCCAGGGUAUGAACAUACAUUUGUCCUCCUGGGCCAUAGUCUUAAUGGUGAUGGGAAUCACCUUAGAUGAAUGGGUUGAAUUGAUUUCAGAAGAUGAAGGAAUCAAGAUAAACCACAGUCCAUGGAUGAUAUGUUGCCCUGCUGUUUGGCCAGAAGAUGACCUGAAAGUGGUCAGGAUGAUGAUGAUGUCGAUCCUUGGCCUUUCCUUCCUCCUUAACUUAAUCCUGGGUAUGAAAUUCACCUAUCUGAUUCCUCAAAAUAAAUCUAUACAACUCUUCACUGCCAUCCUCAGUUUCUCCUCAGGUAUCCUUCUGCUCUGGGCCCUCACGCUAUAUCACAAUAAGCUGAAGCAAGGCCAAUCCGUGCACUUCUCUAGUUAUAGGAUCACCUGGAUCAUGAAUACUGCUUACUUAAACGUUUUCUUCUUGUCUGUCUGUGGAAUCCUCUCUCUCCUAGAGUGCGAGUUGUCUACCAGUAGCUCUACCUGCCUGAACAUCCAUACAUCUGACACAGAAUGUAAGGAAUCUGAGAAGUCUAUCGAAGGUAUUUCAUUACCAGAACACACUGCAAUGCCUCGGAGCAUUGUCCAUACACACACUGUGAACUCAAAGGAAGACAUCUUAAACAAACAAGUUCAAACACGUCGCGUAACCUGGGCUCUGUGAGCAAUCUAUUUCUUGCAGUAUAUGCUCAUCUGUAUGGAAAAAGCUUUGUGGGUAUGUGCUGUGUCUCCAACCAUGUUGUCUCUAUUUGGAAUUAUGGUCGGGGUUUGUAAAAAGAUCUGGAAGAUGGUUUUUUAAAAAAUCCUGGCCUGCUGAACAAAUAGUUUCUUCUACAACAUUUGUUGUUAAUAUAAUAAAUAUUAUAACGUAAAUAAUA